CCAAACUCUCCUCUAUAGGGUCUUUGUGUCGAAGGUUUAUUUAUUUAUUUUUAUUUUUUUUCAGACUUUUCCUUCUUCUCUAGACAUGCCAAACCGCAAAGGAACGGCUUCCCUUAAAGGAAAUCAAAACCCCUCGCUCCUUUGAACCCAAGAGUUUUCAGUUUUUCAAGCAAAGAUGUUUGAAGCCGUUGAGCAUUCCCCUCACUCCAAAAGGCCAAAACUUUCUCCCUUUCCUAGCUGCAAGGAGACUCCGCCGGAAACCAUGGUUGAAGAGAAAGAAGACCUCAUGAUUUCACCAACCGGUGGACACCCAUUUCACAAAACAGCCCACUAUCUCAAACCCAUUUCGCCUUCCUCCCUUUUCGAGUCUUUCACCUCCCAUAUCCCCACCUCACCCUUGGACCCAAAAUAGUGGCCAUCCCAGCUUCAGUUCCGUGGAUGGCGCCGCGACCACCAAGACUUGCUGACUUGGGUUCACCACUUGGCUUCUACUCACCAAUCCACGUGGAAGAAAGCCGGCAUUUACGAACCCAUCUUCAACUCGACUUACCAGAUAAGAAGAAACAACGACUUGGUUUGUGUGUUUGCAGAGAAAUGGUGUUGUGAGACCAACACCUUCGUUUUUCCAUGGGGUGAAACCACAAUCACAUUGGAGGAUGUUAUGGUUUUGGGAGGCUUCUGUGUUUUGGGAGACUCUAUUUUGAGUCCUAUUGAAAGCAGAGAGCUGAAAGAAAUAGAAGAGAAACUUGAGAAAGAGCGAAAAGGACUAUACGAUUACAGUGGGCGUGGGUCUAAGGUGGCCAGCGCAGAGUUAUGGAUGAAGAAAUUCAUGAAGAGCGGGAGUAAACUAGAGCACCUAGCAUUUCUCGUCUUUUGGUUGUCCAGGCAUGUUUUCCACGGCAGUCGUGAUUCAGUAAACAAGGCUGUUUUCUCUGUUGCAAUUCAUUUAGAUAGGGGCAUUCGGAUUGCUCUUGCACCGGCUGUUCUUGCUCACAUUUAUGGAGAUUUGAGUCUGCUUAAAAGGACUAUUGUAGCUUCAAAUGGCAGUAAUGAAUUAAAGCUAGAGUCACCAUUUCAUUUACUUCAGGUUUGGGCAUGGGAAAGGUUUUUGGAACUUAGGCCAAAGCCCAAUGUUAUGAGCUAUGCUGAGCCAAGAUUGGCUAGAUGGGAUAGAAUACAUGGUCAGGAUUUCGGAAAUUUGAGGAUUGUUUUAGACUCUGCUGGAGAAUGUUUCAUGUGGCGCCCUUAUGCCAUUGCCAUUGAAAACUGGAAGCUUCCUAGUUACUGUUCAGAAAAAGAUAGGUGCGUUGGUUCUGGUUUGGAUGAUGAGUUCCUUUCAUUUGCUCUAUGCUUGAGGGUAACUGAUUUGGUUGGAUUUGGUCGAAAUGAGCGAUACCUUCCGCAUAGGGUGGCUAGGCAAUUUGGAUAUGAUCAAGAUAUUCCGUGUGUCAUUGCUCAAUUCAAUGAUGGUUCUGGUAUUUUCAUUCCUCAUAUAUCCUGGAAAUAUCACAUGAAGGAAAUUAAGGAUGUAAAAUUGUAUAUUCCAUCUAGGCUGUCUGAAGCAGAUGUGAGCACAAGAUACAUGAAAUGGUGGGAGGAAACAGUAUCAGGCCUCAAACACAUAACUAAGCCUAGGAUGCCACCGAAGAAGAAAGCAAAGACUACUGAGGGAUCACUACUGACGGGUAAACCUGCCCUCAGGCAUCCUGGUUUCCGGCGAACGAAAGUUGCUGAGGGUUCAAAUGAAAGAAACAGGUUUACUGGUUUCACCAUUCCUUCUGUUUCUUGUCCAAAGAGCUAUGCAAAAGUAGUAAAGAUUUCCAAAGUACAUAAUGUAGGUAAUAAUUCCCUUGUUCCUCCCGGAUUUCCUCCCAGAUUUCCUCCCACAGGUAAUAUGAUGGAAGUUGGAGACACUAUGGACAAAGAUGAACCGACUAGUCCAGAAAUUUUGGAAAAAGGGAAGCAAAAAAACGUUGAAACUAGAAAAGGGGUUGAUGAUUCAAUUGCUGAUGGAAGUUCUGUUGAUGAUAUUAUGAAGUCAGAAAGAUUGGAGAAAGAGGUUAUGCUGAGUCCGACUUUGGUUUGGGGAAGUAAGGCCAAGAGGAACAUUAAAUAUGUAAUUGUGAGUAAUGCAAGAAGUCUAGAUAAUGACAUGGUAAGAACUAUUGGCAAUGAAUGGGCUAGCAGGGUUGAGAGACAGGUUUCAGAGCUUAAAAAUCUUGUAAGAAACUUUAAAGAAUCAGACAUUUUGAAAUAUUGUAAGCAUAAAAAUAUUGAAACUAGAAGAGAUGGUGACUGCGUGAAGUUAUCAGGUGAAGUUCAAGAUUUGGCAUCUUCAACUGUGGAAGAAGGUUCUGUUAUGAAACAGGUUUCAGAGCUUAAAGCUAGGGUUAGCAAGCUUGAAAGUUUGGCUGACAUGUUUCAAACAAACACUAGUGGAGCAGGUAUGGGAACAGCUAAGGAAAGAUAGCACUCCUCUAAUUUGGUGAAGCAUGCAGUUCGACUAUUUCUUAGCUGUUAUUUCAACUCUUCCAUAUGGACGAGGCACAACAUUCUGGGAUUCAUCUAAAGUUAAGAAAAUGUCUUUAGAAAAGAAGAAUUCUAUGCAGAUAAUAAAAGUUUAGUUUUGUCCUAGAUUUCCAGUGCUUCCUGUUUGGAAGAUAUUGUCAAUGCUAAUACCUCAGGUAAUCGACUGAUUAGUCUUAUACCAUUGUAAAUCCUCAACCGUAUAUUAGUAUGCUAUUUAGAACUACCACCAUUGUUUGGUAUUCAUCGUGUGCUUCACGUGUCUCAGAACUGCUCACCACUUUCUACAUGCAAACCAAAAGCAGUCAAGAUAGGUUAUAUUGAUUAGAAAGGUAUAGACAUAUUGAAUAUCUUGGGUCAUUUCAUAGAUAAUAUAGAGGAUUCUACAAAAGUUCUCUCUUAAGAAUUCGGUGAACCGCCAUGUUACUCCAAUAAUGAUUUACGAAUCCUCACUUUAAUUUUUUUUAAGUUACCCUCUGAAAAUCAUUGCUACAACAUUUUAUUCCAAUCAUAGAUCAUUAGUCUUAAAUCUAUAAUCAAACAACAUUUUUGGUAAUAAUUAAGAUCUUUUUUAUUUAUUUUUUUAUUUUUUUUAUGGCAGAGAUGAUUAUUUAGAAAAUGAACUCUUCCUAUUAUGAAAGUCUAAAGUAAUGAUUUCUCAAUCACAAUUGGGGUCAAGACGAGGUGAAAAUGAAAACUUUAGGAUUUCCAUAGGUUUUGGAUUUCAUAAGGUGCACCCAUCAAUUCAAAGAAUCAUGUGCAGAAAGUUAGUAUAGCAAUAGAUGUAAGGAACAUAGAACUCAUCGGGUGAACUACAAAUCCUGAUCUUUUUUCGUUCUUUUUUCUAGGAAGGCAAUCAAACUCAAUUUGAUUCUCAAACUAUGAAAAUACUAUUCUAUUGUUUGGCGAGCAAUGCGUUGUUGAAUUUAACUACGUUCCCAAUGCUUUUUUUUUUUUUUUUUAUCAAGUUAAGGCUUCUGGUCAGCUUAUGUUCUUCAUGUGCAUGAAGGCCAACUGGUGGCCAAAACACAGUUUGAAGGGUUGAGCUUUGUGCUAGUGCAUUUCCUUAUGCAAGCUUUCGUAAUGAGAAACUGAACAAACAUAGAUGACAAAUUGAUCUCUUUACCGAAUUUGUCUUUACAUAUCGCAUGCAUGUUUCCACGUUCCAAAGCUCGAGCAUUUUUCACCAUGAUCGCCAGCUAUGUAACCGUCCAGGCAGGUGUAAUCACCUAGAACAGCUUGUUGCGUGCACUUUGUCGAAUUUAUCUUUCUCAUCUCCUUAAAGCCGGGUUAUCAACUGGUCCUUUCAUAAUUCAUUACUCAAGUUUUGCUUCCAUGUUGUGCAUUUCAUGCUACUCUGUUUCAAUUUUUCUCCCUAAAGAUCCUUGAAGCAGUUCAAGUUUUUACUGUGGUGUCGAAUAUAAGAGAUAUUCUCUGUCAAUUUUUCCCUAGUCAAUCUGCCAACAUCAUUGAUUCUGUGACGAGCUCCGUAAGUACUAAUAACCAAAAACUGUUUAUGACUUUAUCUGAUUUUUCUUUCUAAAUAUUAUUCGUAAUGUUAACUUUUUUAAAUCUUCAGCAUUCAUAGUAUUAGGGGCGGAGCCACAUUGGGGCACGGUGGGUCCCGUGCCCCAGUGAGAUUUUAAGUAUAUAUGUAAUUUGGUUCAAUAUAGGAACUAAGAACUGCCUUAUUGCAGUGGUUGGGGCGCAUACUUAUGUAAGAUUGGUCCUUGGUUCGAUUGCUGCUACCAGCAAUGUGCUAAUCUUUUUCGAUUUUUUUCUGUUUUUCUAACAUUAAUACUAUUAUCUCCUCUCAGCAAUGUGCUAAUAUUUUUUUUA